GUGUUUGAGUACUGCGAAAAAGACCUGGCAGAUUUGGUCGAGGACCGGCAGGAUCCCUUCGGAGCGGGAGAGAUUAAAUGCAUAAUGCGGCAGCUGCUGCUGGCGCUGUGUCACCUGCACCACAACAAAGUGCUGCACCGGGAUGUGAAGCUUUCGAACAUUCUUUUGAAUGCAGCAGGACAAAUCAAGCUCGCAGACUUCGGCCUCACAAGGCCGUUUCGCGAGCCCGAGGGGCCCCUCACCGACGGCGUAGUCACCCUCUGGUAUAGGGCCCCCGAGCUGCUGCUGGGGGCCCCCACUUAUGGGCCCCCAGUGGACAUCUGGGCUGCGGGCUGCAUCUUCGCGGGCCUCCUAGUCAACGGGUAG